CGGAACAAACGCGGAAGUUUCGGGUUUUCUGAGGUAAAACAGAUCGCGAAUAAAAAGCGUCGAAAAAGAAUUUGGAUUAAGUUUCAGUUUUUGUGAAUCAUCAUGAGACUUGUAGCUUGUUUCCUUUUCUUGUGUAUUUUGGGUCCUGCACAAUGUGGUAAUAUUUUAGUGUGGUUCACUGAGGCAAGUCAUUGGAUAAAUCUCAAAAUUGUGUUGGAUACGUUGAUGGACAGAGGACACAACGUAACGGUGCUGAUGCCCAGCGCUUCCCUUUUCAUGGAUGCCAAAGAUUCGGAUCGCUUCACGUGUCAGCCUUUUAACGUGUCCGUGAGCGAGCAGGACAUGCACGAUCACAUUGAAAACCUCAUGCAUUUUAUGAUGUACGAGAUCGAUCAUUUAAACCUACUGCAGAUUCACAUUAAAUUCUACCAAGUUUUCUCCAAAGAUCAAGAUAUUUGUCUUGUAUACUGCGAUGGUGUUUUGAAGUCUCCAGGGUUGAUGGAGAAAUUGCAGCAUCAAAGGUUUGACGUCAUGCUGGCCGACCCGAUCUUCUCUUGCAGCGAGAUUGUAGCUGAAGUUCUGAACGUUCCCUUGGUGUACACAUUCAGAUUCUCCGUCUUUAACACCGUAGAGAGGAUGUGUGGUCAGAUCCCAGCCCCACCAUCAUAUGUACCCGGAGCAGUGAGUAAACUCACAGACAAGAUGAGUUUUACGGAGCGAAUCAUGAAUGUGCUCUUCUACCUUUCGCAAGAUGCUUUGGCCAGACUUCUGUGGAGAAAGUUUGACAACUACUACACUGAAUAUUUAGGCAGUCAUUGGAUUAAUCUCAAGAUUGUGUUGGAAACAUUGGUGGACAGAGGACACAAUGUUACCAUUCUGGUACCUGAUGCUGUGAUGGUAAUGAACGUCAAAGAGUCGGAUCCUUUCAAUCGUGUGGACUUUAAUAUGUCUAUUUCUUCUAAGGAAAUGUUUGCCUUUAUUGAGGAAAUACUGCAGUUAUCGAUGAAUGAGAUUGAAAAAUUAAAUCAAAUCCAGUUCAUAAUAAAAUACUCCCAGCUUGCCUCCAAAAAUCUGGAUAUUGGUCUUUCAUACUGCGACGGCAUUCUGAAAUCUCCAGGGUUGUUGGAUAAAUUGCAACAGGGGAAGUUUGAUGUUCUUCUGUCCGACCCAAUCAUCCCAUGCAGCGAUAUAUUGGCUGAAAAGUUGAACGUUCCCUUGGUGUUCACGUAUCGAUUCUCCAUCGCUAACAUUGUAGAGCGUAUGUGUGGUCAGACUCCAGCUCCACCAUCAUAUGUACCCGGAGCAGUGAGUAAACGCACAGACAAGAUGAGUUUUACAGAGCGAAUCAUGAGUUUGCUUUUUUACCUUUUGCAAGAUGCUUUCGCCAAAAUUAUGUGGAAAACGUAUGACAACUACUACACUGAAUAUUUAGGACGGCCCAGUUCCUAUUGUGAGAUGAUGGGUAAAGCUGAUAUCUGGUUAAUCAGAUCCUACUGGGACUUAGAGUAUCCACGGCCAUUCCUGCCCAACUUCAAAUACGUUGGUGGGAUUCACUGCACCCCUGCCAAACCGUUACCCAAGGAUAUGGAGGAGUUUGUGGAGAGCUCAGGGGAUGAUGGGAUAGUGGUGUUUUCUCUGGGGUCUGUGGUAGAAAACAUGACUGAAGAGAGGAGCAACAUGGCUGCGUCUGCACUGGCACAGAUACCUCAGAAGGUCCUAUGGAGAUACACUGGAGAAAAGCCAGAAACUCUUGGAGCAAACACCAGAAUCUAUAAAUGGAUCCCUCAGAAUGAUCUAUUGGGUCAUCGUAAAACCAGAGCAUUUAUAACUCAUGGAGGCACUAAUGGUAUAUAUGAAGCCAUAUUUCACGGUGUACCGAUGGUUGGCAUCCCGUUGUUUCUUGACCAGCCUGAUAACAUGGCCCAUAUAAAAGCCAAAGGAGCGGCUGUUAUCAUGGACUUCAACAGAAUGAAGACUGAAGAUCUGGUGGAUGGACUCAACGCCGUCAUUAACAAUCCCUUAUAUAAAAAGAAUGCUAUGCGGUUAUCCAGGAUUCAUCAUGACAGACCGAUGAAGCCUCUGGAUGAAGCAGUUUUCUGGAUUGAGUUUGUCAUGCGUAAUAAAGGUGCUAAACAUCUGCGUGUUGAAGCUCAUAAUCUUACCUGGUAUCAGUACCACUGUCUGGAUGUGUUUGCUUUUCUAUUCACUAUUGUGACUGUAGUCCUCUACAUCUUCUUUAAAAUCUGUAAGUGCCUUAUAAUACGUUACUGUUUUAGAUCAAAGCACAAAAGCAAGAGGGAGUAAAACAGAUUUUAAUAAAGAUUUUUUUUUUAAUCUUCUGUAUUCUUUGCACAAACACUAGGCCUAUGUCUAAAUACACUAAUACUAACAAAUAAUUAAAAUGUUAAUAUCUUUUUAUAAUUCAGAUUAAAAUAUUUAUUUUCCUACAGCAAAGGAUUAAACCAGCGAUUAUAAAGUACAUGGUUGUCAAUGCAUGCAUUUUGUUUGCAUACAUUGCAAUAUUUAAUAUAAAUAUUUGCUGCACUAAAAUAUAUAAUGAAU